AUGAACCCUUUGACGAAGGUGAAAUUGAUCAAUGAGCUGAAUGAACGGGAGGUCCAGCUUGGGGUGGCGGAUAAGGUGUCCUGGCACUCCGAAUACAAAGACAGCGCCUGGAUCUUUCUGGGAGGGCUUCCUUAUGAACUGACAGAAGGAGACAUCAUUUGUGUGUUCUCACAAUAUGGAGAAGUUGUUAAUAUUAAUCUUGUGAGGGAUAAGAAGACUGGGAAAUCCAAAGGAUUCUGUUUCCUCUGCUAUGAAGACCAGAGGAGCACAAUCCUGGCCGUUGAUAAUUUCAAUGGAAUCAAGAUUAAAGGACGAACCAUCCGUGUGGACCAUGUGUCUAACUAUCGUGCUCCCAAAGACUCAGAAGAGUUGGACAAUGUGACCAGAGAGCUCUAUGAGAAGGGCUGUGGGGCCCACACCCCAACCCCAAGUCCAUCUGAGAGCUCGGAUGAAGACAAAGUCACUAAACGCAAAAAAGAAAAAAAAGAAAAAAAGAAAAAAAAGAAAACAAAAGAGAAAACUGACCGGGGCGUCCGUGCAGAGCUGCCAUCCUCCUCUUCAUCACCUAGAAGCAAGAUGAUCAAGGAAGAGCCUGGCUUGAAAAAGCACAGUAACAGCACCAUGGAGAAGGGUCAGAAGGCAGAGUUCAGAGAGGGCCGGAAGCACUACCCUAGCUCCCCCGAGGUCAAGGCCACCUGGCAUGAUGGAACAGCAGACUUGGAGAGAGACUCAAAGAGAGAGAGACCCAAGCAUCAGCACAAGUCUUCCAGCAGAAAGGAGGACCGAGAGGAGAGGAACAGGGAUCGGGACAGAGGCGAAGCAGCUCACACACACAUUCCAGUUGGCACGACAGUCGUUUGGAAGGGCGUAGUCAUAGAAGUAGAAGCCGAAGCCAUGAUCGACCCCAUAAACACAAGAGGGCCCAGCAUUCCCGGGAGUGGGACCAUGACAGGGAACGGGAUCGGUAUAGGGACAGGGAACGGGAUCGGUAUAGGGACAGGGAAUAGGACAAAGAACAGGACCAGGAGGCCUUUGAUCCUGGUGACCACGGGCAUUACUGAUGUCACAGUCUCCCAGGAGAUAGAGAAAUGA